AUGAGAAUUCGAUCACAUGGACCUGUUACUCCCGCAGAGGGGCACAGGUUUUCCCAGAAGGACAAAGCGGAGCGAAGCCCCUUGCGCCACCCCGCUGAGGGGGACAGGCGUGCACGCGUUAACCCCGGCCGCCUGAAUGAGCGACUCGCCGCGCUGCAAAGAAAUCUGUCUAAGGAGAGGGUUUUGCAGACAAGAGAAGGAAAAGAACACAGGAAACACAGAGGCAAAGAAGUAAAAGUUGUGGUUAGCCUACACAAACCAGAAAUUAAGCUGGAAUCACUAAAAGAAGACAUUAAGGAUUUUCUGAAGACUUCAGGUUGGGAAAAGAAGCUUCAGAAUGCUGUUUAUAGUGAACUCAAUGUGUUUCCUUCACCCUGUCAUCCUGCAGCACCUCCUGAGCACAUGAAAGAGCCAUUAGCUUAUAUGAGGAAAGCACAGGGAAGUUGGGAGAAGCGAAUUCUAAAAAGUCUAAAUAGCAUGUGCACAGAACUUGGUGUCCCAUUAGCACAGAAGAGGCCCGUAAGCGAACAGAAAGAACUACUUAAUAAAUGGAAUGAAAUGGGAACCGAUGAGCCAGAUCUAAGUCUUUUCCGGCCUGUUUAUGCACCUAAAGAUUUUCUUGAGGUACUGAUGAAUCUUCGAAACCCAAAUUAUGAAAAUGGAGAACAGCCAAGUUUCAGGAAUCAUCUGGGGCUAAUUCAGGUUCCUUUAAAAGUUAAAGAUAUUCCAGAAUUGAAAGAAGACUUCAGUGAGCUAGACUUAAACACAGGACAGUUGGGUAUUGAUGAUUCAGCACAAGUACCUCCUGAGUUCUUUGAAAAUGAACAUGUGCGUAUUGGGCAAAAAGUUUUAGCAGAGCAAGAUAGUGCUGCGGCUCAACAGUAUGUUCGUCAGGGAUGCCCGACAGCGCUCCGAGCUGAUCUGUGGGCCCUCAUUCUGAACAUUUCGAAUCAGCCAGAGGAUAUCUUGUAUUAUGAACAGCUUAAGUCAAAUGUGAUUCAACACGACCUUUUAGUGGACAGCCUGAUUUACAAAGAUGUAAAGCUGACAGCAAGUAACGAUGACUACUAUUUUGUAUUUGAGGAUUAUUUAUAUCAGGUGUUACUCUGUUUUUCCCGAGAUACGUCAGUACUGGAGCACUUUACUUACAGUAGUGCCACCCCACCUAAAUCAUACAUACGAGGAAAGCUUGGAAUAGAAGAUUAUGCUGUUUUCUAUCCACCAAAUGGUGUAAUUCCUUUUCAUGGCUUUUCUAUGUAUGUUGCUCCACUUUGUUUUCUGUACCAUGAACCUUCCAAAUUGUAUCAGAUAUUCCGUGAGAUGUAUGUGCGUUUUUUCUUCAGGCUCCACUCCAUCUCUUCUCAUCCUUCUGGCAUUGUGUCAUUAUGUUUGCUGUUUGAGACUCUUCUGCAAACCCAUCUGCCCCAGCUCUUUUAUCACCUUCGAGAAAUUGGGGCUCAACCGCUACGAAUUUCAUUUAAAUGGAUGGUACGAGCAUUUUCUGGAUAUUUAGCUACAGACCAGCUCUUGCUUUUAUGGGACAGAAUCCUAGGAUACAACUCUCUAGAAAUUCUUGCUGUCCUGGCAGCUGCAGUGUUUGCUUUCCGAGCGGUCAACCUGAUGGAGGUGACGUCACUGGCUGCAGCUGAAGCUGUACUUGCUGACCUUUCAACCCUGAAGGUUAUGCCUCUUCUUCAAAUCUUCUUGUUUGCUACUGUCACUUGAUCUGCUUCAACAAUACUGAUACCACACUUCCAGUCUUUCAUUAGAAACUAAUAAUUAACUAUGCAAUGUCUGCAUAAAACCAAAAUUAAACUGUAUGUAUAAUAAUCAUUUAGAAAUCAUGACCUUAAUACAAUUUUCUAACUGAAAACAGUAACUUUGCACAUGAGUCUGUGCAUUGCAUGCUACUGAAUUUCACUAUAAGAGCAACGGUUAUUAUUUGUACAAGAAGAAUGAUUACUUGUGCAAAUGAACAGCAUGAAUCAGUGUCUAAAAUGCAUGUAAUACUGAAUUGAAUAAAGGUAAUGUAACUCUUGAUCUAA